AACCAAAAAAGUUUCCUUUUCCUUUAUUGUCAUUAUUUUUGGAUACAUUUUAUCAUUAUUAUCAAAACCCCCUGGAAAAGUAUUCAAUAAAAAUUUAUAAAAAUGCCGAAAUCAGUUUUUAUUAAAAUUGUAAACAAAGAAAAGAUGUUUAACAUAUACUAUCUCUAAAUUAAAGAAGUCAAGUUCCCAUCAUGUUAUGGCCAACAUCUUAUCUUCCCAAAAUCCAUCGUCACCGAAACCCAAAAACAAGUUGAAAGCCGCCGAAGUGCGGAAAAGUGUGGAAUAGCGAACUGGCUUUGCUGCUGACUGCGGCAGAGGAAACGUUAUUUCCAGGAAAUGCACUUAACUCUUUCACUCCGUCUCGCUUUUUUCUUUCCUUUACCUCUCUCUCUCUCUCUCGCUAUCUAUCGUGCUGAGCGAAAAUUUUUGAGGACCCAAUAUCGCUAGGAACUUUCUUUUGAUCAAGUGAAAAAUUGGUGUGCGAAAAACAGCAGUUGGAAAAGCUCACUAACUCACUCACUCGGAAAAAUAACAUUAACAUGGGCUGCCUGCUGCCUGCUGCCAGGCUGUUGGGAUGUGAGAACGAAAGCGAAACAAUCCCGAAUCCAAAGAUGCCAAAGUACAGAUGCCAGAAAAGCCAGAGAAAAGCCCAUGGAGCUAAUUAAGCCGCCUCGCAUGAGUGGUGUGUGGUUUUCCGCGAGGGGCCAGAGGUUGCGGGUGGCUCUGCAUCCAAGGGAAAGCACUAACUGCAACAUCAACAAUCAACAUCAACGAGAGAUCAACAACAGCAACAACAACAAUAACAACAAAGAUGAGAAAUCGCUGGCUUCCUGGCUACAUGAAGAAAUAAGUCUAGAGUGCCAGUUGAGGAAAAACUUGUUCAUCUUCAGCUCUAACGAGCUAACGGAGCGACAAGCGGACCAACACUGAACUGAUGGGCGGACUGGCUGACUGCCGGACGGAUGCUCCGUUGGACGGACAAACUUUGAGCGAUUCCAUACAAAACGAGACGAUAGGUAAACAAGAAACCAGCAACAACAAAAACAACAAGAUCAGCGGUACAAGUAGCAAAUGGCAAGUGCAAGUGUAACAGCAACGGACUCCUGUACUUUUCUCGAGAUGGCCUCGUGAUCACGAGAUCUUCAACAGCUUUGGGUCUUAAAUUAGGUUGAUAAGAUCAUGUAGUAAAAAAAAAUUAAGAAGUUUAUCUAAUAAAUCAAUUAGAAUUAUUAA